AUGGCAGCCCAAUUAAUUAAUAUCCCACAGCUAGAAAGUGGAAAUUUCCGAAAUUGGUUAUUUCGUAUACAGAUUGCUCUGCAUGAAACAGGAGCCAGAGAGGUAAUAAAAAGAAAAAUAGACGACAAAGAUCAAGAGUUAAUUAAAAAUUACGCAAAGGCACGAAAUACAAUUAUACAAACACUACCAGACAAAUAUCUUGAAUAUGUCAAAAGUGCAAGCACGGCACAUGAAAUGAUAGAAAAUCUUAAGAAUAUUUUCGAACGCAAAAGCACACUAUCUAACCUAUACCUAAAAAGACAAUUAUUAAGUCUAAAAUGCAAGAAGGACAGUGUUGAAGAGCACUUCAGUAAAUUCGACAAGUUGAUAAAAGACAUUGAAAUAAAUGGAACCAAAAUGGAAGAACAAGACAUAGUUGAAUACAAGAUGGGGUCCCGCCAACAUCUAAACCAGGACGAAAUAGCUUCAAUGUUAGAAAAUAAUGACGAUUAUUCUCCGCUGGAUUCGGACUCCGAGCAAGAAGAUUGUUUAGUUGAAGAUGAUGUCAGGAGUGAUAACGAAGACGCGAUGGUCGACUUCACUGAGGAUACAAGCCCUACAAGCAGACAAGAUGACCCCGAAAACCAUGUUGCUUCUCUGGAAUCGACUAAUCUUGAGAUUGCUCUGCAUGAAACAGGAGCCAGAGAGGUAAUAAAAAGAAAAAUAGACGACAAAGAUCAAGAGUUAAUUAAAAAUUACGCAAAGGCACGAAAUACAAUUAUACAAACACUACCAGACAAAUAUCUUGAAUAUGUCAAAAGUGCAAGCACGGCACAUGAAAUGAUAGAAAAUCUUAAGAAUAUUUUCGAACGCAAAAGCACACUAUCUAACCUAUACCUAAAAAGACAAUUAUUAAGUCUAAAAUGCAAGAAGGACAGUGUUGAAGAGCACUUCAGUAAAUUCGACAAGUUGAUAAAAGACAUUGAAAUAAAUGGAACCAAAAUGGAAGAACAAGACAUAGUAUGUCAACUUUUAUUAAGCGUAGAAGAAGCUUACCAGCCAGUAGUCACUGCACUUGAGAUGUCAAAUACAAAGCUCACAGUGGAAUUUAUUAAAGGUAAACUGUUAGAUGCUGAAUUGAAAGAAAAAAACCAGCAGAAAAACAUUCAAGAAAAGUCUAACCCUCAUAAUGAAUAUGUGUUUCAAAGUGCAUCACUGAAAUGUUACAAUUGUGGCGAGCCAAAUCAUUUUGCCCGAAAUUGA